AUGGUAAAUUUGCUCCAACGAGAGUCUCAGGAAUUAUGGUCGGUUACGAUUCCGAUCAUAGGGGGUAUAGAAUCUAUCAGCCUAAAACUGGUAGUAUUUGUAUCAAAUCAAGUAGUAUUUAACGAAAAUGUAUUUCCAUUAGAACAUACCCUUGCUGUUAAUAUUUCUCAUGAUCCUGCGACAAAUACUAUAAGUGGUAUUCCUAUCUAUCCAAAAACAGGAUCUAAUACUACAGCACCACGUUCUAUGAAUAAUCAAAAUACUGGGUUGUCAGAAUCUGAAGACAUUCCAAUUAACUCACUAAAUACCUCUGAUAUAUCAUCUUCUGAUACAUCGUCUAAUACUACAGCAUCCUCAACACAUUCUGGUUCUGAUCAUACUUGCUCAUCACGUAAUAGCCCUUCAAGUCCAACACUUUCAUUGUCUAUAGACUCUUCCUCACCAAACAGUGAAUCAACGCUAAACUCUCUGCAUGAUUUAACAUCCUCAUCUUCCUCAGAGCCUUUGUUUCCUUCAGCCUCUGAUAUCUCUGAGUCUUCUUCACAUAAUUCAGAUCCAAAUUAUAUUCCAAGUUUAGACUCUAACAUUAGUAUACAAGAUUUACAAAAUGAUGAAAUUUCAAACCAAACAUCAAAUGAUAAAAACUUUGUGGAUGUCUUGUCUAAUAUACCAAAUGAUAAUAUAUCAACAUCAAGGGAUGAGAUGGAUAUUGAUUUAUAUGAAACUGAUAAUUGUGAGGAUUCUCACUCCUUAUUGACAGAUUGGAUGUUAAAAAUGCAGCAGGCGCUGGUUCAGUUAUACAAUGAGAGUAACCACAUAAAUUCAUCUUUUCAUAACUACAUUAGAGAUCUGGCUUCGCAGAUGGAUAUUACCUUUCAAGUGCAAAAUCAAAAGAUAUCACAAAUCAUUAACGAUAAAUCGUCAUCUCAAAGGUUAAACCAUGAUGUUAUACAAGCUCAAAAUGAUGUUUCUCCAUUACUAAAACAUAAACUUGAUACGGUAGCUAUGAUCGAUGCCACUAAACCAGAUGCUGCACAAUCGUCCAAACGUCAACGGGUGUCUAACACUAUGGAUAAUUCAGAACAUUUAGUCACACAAUUAUCUUCUUUAGAUCACGAAUCCUUCGAUUCACUUCAAAUUCCUCCAGGUUUACUUGACAAUUCUGAUGAAAUUAGUAUGGCUGUCAGAGAAAUACAUAGACGCUACAAAGACUUAGCAAAAUCAGCGGUUAUUCCAUCUGAAUGGUCGACUGGUCCAACACCUCAACUUACAUUGCCACAUUCUAUGCCACAAACCUUUCCUUUAACUCAUCAAUAA